AUGUCAACCUUAUUAAAUAAUGCGAAUGUCGGAUCAUCCAAUAAUUCGCCAUCAUUAGCUACUUUUGAUGCCAUGUUAGCUAAGCAACAGCAACAGCAGCUUCAUACAACACAGGCGAACAAGCAGUCGUCAAUGUCAUCAAGUUUGACUGCUUCCUCAACUUCAUCUUCAAGUUCAGAUCUUGUUGAUUUGCAGGGAGAUUUAUUGGCUGACUUAUGGCAAACAUCUACUAAUGACUCAGUCUUGUCAAACACUGUAUAUACUAAACAACCACAACCAUUACAGCCAGCCCAAUCAUUGUUUGGUCAACAGCCGCAACAACAAUCACAACCAAAUUUAUUCAAUCCAAACCCCGUCUACACAACUCAAAAACCAAAUUGGACUUCAUCCAAUGUCUCCAUAUCUCCGCCGGUAAUGAACCCCCUCAGCCAACAUUAUCAAAAGCAAUCUAAUAGCUUAUCACAAGGCUUUAGUGCUCCAUUGACCUCCACAUCUCCAUCAUUAUCAAUGGAUACUUUUAACAUGUAUGACACGUUGGUAGUGCCUAGAUUAUAUGAUGACGAGGCAUCUUUCAGCUUUGCCGGUCAACAACAGCAACAACAAAAGCCACAACACCCGGCUGUUCAAUUUACGAUUCCAAAUGAUAAUGACGAGUUAUUCAACUUUGAACAUCAACAUCAAUUACAACAACAACACCACCUUCAUCAACAUCAAUUUAUUCCUACUGGAAUAAAUUCCCCUCCAAUCGCGCCAAGUCCUCAACAACAGCAGCCACAGCCACAUUUCCAUAAACAACAACAACAGGAAUUUGUCAACCAAAAGAUUCAAGCUAACACAGCAAAUAUCAACACCCAAUUAUACAAGACCGAGUUAUGUGCCUCAUUUAUGAAGAUGGGAGUAUGUCCGUAUGGAAAUAAAUGUCAAUUCGCUCAUGGUGAAAAUGAAUUAAAGAAGGUUGAUAGACCACCUAAGUGGAGAUCUAAACCUUGUGCAAAUUGGACUAAAUAUGGUAGUUGUCGUUAUGGAAAUAGAUGUUGUUUCAAACAUGGUGAUUAA